CUCUAACCCUGCAGCUGGAGGUGCCGUCAGUAACAUGAGCGUGGGAAGAAUCAACCGCUACAGCAUUGUGUCAUCUGAAGAAGAGGGUCUGCGCCUCACUACCAUGCAUGGUAUGAAUGGAUUUGGCAAUGGCAAGAUCCACACACGCCGCAAGUGCCGCAACCGCUUUGUGAAAAAGAAUGGCCAGUGUAAUGUGCAGUUUGCCAAUAUGGACGACAAGUCGCAGCGCUACAUGGCCGACAUCUUCACGACGUGUGUUGAUAUCCGCUGGCGAUGGAUGCUCGUAGUCUUUACUCUUGUGUUUGUUGUCUCUUGGCUGGCCUUUGGCUUAGCUUUUUGGGUUAUAGCUUUGCUGCAUGGAGAUCUGGACAACCCAGCUGGAGAUGACAACUUCACUCCAUGCGUUCUACAGGUCAAUGGAUUUGUGGCUGCCUUUCUAUUCUCCAUUGAAACGCAGUCUACCAUAGGUUAUGGCUACCGCUGUGUGACUGAAGAGUGCCCAGUAGCUGUCUUUAUGGUGGUCUUUCAGUCUAUAGUUGGCUGCAUCAUUGACUGCUUCAUGAUUGGCGCCAUCAUGGCCAAGAUGGCAAGGCCUAAGAAGCGAGCACAAACGCUCUUGUUUAGCCACAAUGCCGUCAUUGCCAUGCGGGAUGGAAAGCUGUGUCUAAUGUGGAGGGUAGGGAAUCUGCGCAAGAGCCACAUUGUUGAGGCCCAUGUCAGAGCACAGCUCAUCAAACCUCGGAUAACUGACGAGGGGGAAUACAUCCCUCUAGACCAGAUAGACAUUAAUGUGGGCUUUGACAAAGGCCUGGAUAGGAUUUUCUUGGUUUCACCUAUCACUAUUCUACAUGAGAUAGAUGAGGAGAGCCCUCUUUUUGGGAUCAGCAAACAGGACUUGGAGACCGCAGACUUUGAGAUUGUUGUCAUCUUGGAGGGAAUGGUUGAAGCAACCGCCAUGACCACCCAGGCUCGCAGCUCCUACUUGGCCUCAGAGAUUCUUUGGGGACACCGGUUUGAGCCUGUGUUGUUUGAGGAGAAGAACCUGUACAAGGUGGAUUACUCUCACUUUCACAAAACUUAUGAGGUGCCGUCCACCCCCCGCUGCAGUGCCAAGGACAUGGUGGAAAACAAGUACCUAGUCCCCAACUCUAAUUCUUUCUGCUAUGAAAACGAGCUGGCCUUCCUUAAUCGCGAUGAUGAGGAAGAGGAUGUAGGUGGUGGAAGCAGAGCACUGGCAAACCUCAGUCCAGAUCGAAAUAGCCGACCGGAAUUUGAACGCAUACAGACCACCAGGGUCCUGGAUCAAAGGUCAUAUCGUAGAGAAUCGGAAAUAUGA